AGGCCAGAUGUUGGGGGUGGGGGAGGGGAUCCUUGCAAUGACAAACCUGGGGCAGUGCAGGUGGGCAUGAAUGGAGAGCCCCAACCUGGCUCAUUGACUAUCCAGGGGCUGAAGUCCACAGUUGGGCAGCUGGAAAAACGCUUGGGCUUUGGGGCCCUCCCAGCCUCUUUGAUCCCAGGGUGUCCCUGCCCUUUGAGCCCUGCAACUGGGGGCUGGCACACAGGCCUGGUUGGGCUCCUCAAUAGGCGGCAUGCUGCAGCUGUUGAAGUCCAGCUGGGUCCGGGGUGCGGGGUCUGGGGUGGCCACGUGGCGUGCCUCUGCGGGGCUCUUCUGUCCUGGGCGCCCUGGGACCCGCCAGGCUUCAGAUGCCUCAGAUACCCCACAUCAGCAGUCCCCUAGCUCUGUGUCACAGGUACAGCCGGUAGGCGUCUGUUCCAUGAUGCACUUGCCCCUGCAGUCCUCCCCCGAGGGGCUGGACGCUGCUUUCGUCGGUGUGCCUCUGGAUACCGGAACUUCCAACCGGCCCGGGGCAAGAUUUGGACCCCGUCGCAUCCGGGAGGAAUCACUGAUGCUGGGGGCUGUCAAUCCCAGCACAGGAGCCCUCCCCUUCCAGUCCCUCAGGGUUGCAGACCUAGGCAAUGUGAAUGUCAAUCUCUACAACCUUCAGGACAGCUGCCGGCUAAUCCGAGAGGCCUAUCAGAACAUCCUAGCAGCUGGCUGCAUUCCUCUGACCUUGGGUGGAGACCAUACCAUCACAUAUCCCAUACUGCAAGCCAUGGCAAAAGAGCAUGGCCCUGUGGGUUUAGUGCAUGUGGGUGCCCACACCAACACCAUGGACAAACCUCUGGAGGACAAGGUCUACCAUCGGACACCCUUCCGCCGAAGUGUGGAUGAGGGACUGCUGGACAGCAAGCGAGUGGUACAGAUAGGUAUCCGGGGCUCCUCCAGGACCCUGGAUCCCUACAGAUACAGUCGGAGCCAGGGCUUCCGUGUGGUCCUGGCUGAAGACUGUUGGAUGAAGUCACUGGUCCCCCUGAUGGCAGAGAUCAGGCAGCAGAUGGGGGGUGUGCCUCUUUACAUCAGCUUUGCCAUAGAUGCCUUGGAUCCUGCCUAUGCCCCAGGGACAGGGACACCAGAAAUUGCUGGGCUCACCCCUAAUCAGGCUCUGGAGAUCAUCCGGGGCUGUCAGGGCCUGAAUGUGGUGGGCUGCGACCUUGUGGAAGUUUCCCCGCCGUAUGAUCUCUCUGGAAACACAGCCCUCCUCGCCGCUAACCUACUGUUUGAGAUGCUGUGUGCUCUCCCCAAGGUGACAACUGUCUGAGUCGGUGUUCCUGAAGUCGAAACAGACUGGGUCAUGAUGAAGCCUCAAGGCCCUGUGAACUGUGGCUAGGAUCAAAGAACCCCUCCUGUGAGGUGUCACCACUGGCCGCAAACAAGGGCAAUUCAGAACAUUACCCCGAACAGCUCGAACAGCUCGUGUCUCUUUCCUUCCUAACAUUAAAACAUUUAUUUAAUUUU